GCUGCAACAAAUGUAACAAAAAGCGGUUGGUCCGCCUAACGACAAAUAACAAACAUGGAGAGAGGAAUCCAGCAGCAAUUGGUUUCCCUUGGGCAAGUAAUAACAGUUCUUUCAGUCAAGUUAUCAUUGGCUAUUUUAACUUCUAUCCGCAAACGAAGAAACAGAGAAAUUGCAAUGUACACAGUGGUAGAAAGGGAAAUACGAGGACGACGUCGAGGGCCUUAUGUAUGGGAGAGACAGCGCCAGCAUGACUUCUGGGAGGUCAUAGUGGAAGGACAUUUCACAGCCGGCCUUUGGCUACAACAUUUUCGAAUGAUCAAGCCCACUUUUGUAAUGUUGUGCAACGCUAUUGGUCCAUUCGUUGGUCCCAAGCAAAGCCCUGGACGACGUCCGAUUUCAACGGAAAAACGCAUUGCCAUCGCAUUGUACAAGUUGGCAACCUGUGCUGAAUACCGAGUUGUGGGAGAGACAUUUGGUGUAAGCAAAACAAGCGUUCACCGUUGUGUGUACGCGGUGUGCAGGGCCAUACGAUACAAGUUGUUGGCUAAAUUUGUCAAAAUACCCAACGUGGCCGAGGCACAGGCAAUAGCGCACCGCAACUCAAUGAAGCACCAAGUACCACAGGUGUACGGUGCACUGGAUGGGACCCAUAUUCCGAUCCUUCCACCAUCCGAUGGAUACCGGGACUACGUCAACCGCAAAGGGUGGCCCUCAAUUGUGUUACAGGCGCUUGUGGAUGAUCGGUAUCAAAUCAUAGAUAUUUGUGUUGGAUCACCCGGCAGUGCGCAUGACGCAGCUGUAUUCACCAUGUCCAACUUGUACAGAUUCCCAGAGAGACACCCUCAAGCCAACGCAGAUGUAGAGGGGGUCCAGGUGCCUCUACUGAUAGCUGGAGACCCAGCAUAUCCGUUAAUGCCAUGGCUCAUGAAAGGGUUUUCUGGUCCAAACCUUUCAGAAGAGCAAGAGGCUUUCAACUUCCAGCUCAGUGCUAUCCGUGUGAAGGUUGAGCACACAUUUGGGCACCUUAAGGGGAGGUGGCGUAUUCUUGCCAAGUGGUCAGAUGUGCACCACUCCUUUAUGCCAACAGUUGUGGUUGCAUGUUGUGUGUUACACAAUAUAUGUGAGAAAGAGUAGCAGCAGGGCCCACCUGGAGCCCCCUGUGAACCCCCUAACCCCAGCGACCUCAUCAGGACUAUAAUGAACCACCAAACGGAGAGGCCCAGGCUAUCAGGGCUGCCCUUGUCCAUCACGUGGUUAACAAGCAUCAGGCCGCUCCCUAAUUGUAAUGUGAUAUUGAUUUGUGUAAUAAUUAAAAAAUAAUAGGCUGAAGAGGAAU